AACCCUGUCUUGUGUAAGCAUUACAAAGCGAAGUUGGAUAACUGCGUGGUUGGAGUGUUUUAUACUCACCCUGAAUCGCUUUACGUUAUUUGGAAAAUAAAGCGAUCCACAUCAGCUCGCUGCAUUCGGCUAUUUCAGAAUAUCAAGCUGUUUUUUUGAGAAAUUGCCGGCGGCUAGCACAAAGUUUAUUAUCAGUAUUUCUUGCCAGCUAACACGUUAACGUACCAUUGGCAAGUCAUUCAGUCAAUCCGGUAGCUAUUUGUAAAGUUUUUAAUUUAUUGUGAAUUGCGUUUUUAUAGCCUUGACCUGUGCUACUGUGCUUGCUACUGUGUCAAUAACCUAACAAGUAGCAAUGUUCAGCAAGACUAACGUUGGUGUUAUAAAGAACAUUUUGGGAUCCAUUGGUGGAUUUCCUAGUCAGAAAUUUAAAUAUGCGGAAAGUGCUGUAAACGCCGUUCAUCGUGAGAGGGAACUGAUUAAAAGCAGAGAGCUGGAGAGGGAUGAAUUGCGUCCGUUGUACAUGGAUUUCCAGGCGACCACCCCGAUGGACCCAAGGGUUUUGGAUGCCAUGCUUCCAUAUCAUGUGAACUAUUAUGGAAACCCCCAUUCCAGAACGCAUGCUUAUGGGUGGGAAAGUGAAAGUGCAAUGGAGAAGGCCAGAAAGCAAGUGGCAGACCUGAUUGGUGCAGAUCCCAGGGAGAUUGUGUUCACCAGCGGAGCUACAGAGUCCAACAACACUGCAAUCAAGGGUGUCGCUCGGUUUUAUAAAGCGAAGAAGAAACACGUUAUCACCAGCCAGACGGAGCACAAGUGCGUGCUGGACUCCUGCCGCGUUCUCGAGUCGGAAGGGUUCGACGUCACAUACCUCCCUGUGCAGAGCAAUGGCCUCAUCGAUCUCAAGCACCUGGAGGAAAUGAUCCGGCCGGAUACAAGUUUAGUGUCGGUGAUGACGGUGAAUAAUGAGAUUGGGGUGAGGCAGCCCAUAGAACAAAUAGGGCAGAUUUGCCGAUCGCGGAACGUGUUCUUCCACACGGAUGCGGCGCAGGCUGUCGGGAAGGUUCCCAUCAACGUUGCUGACUGGAAGGUGGAUCUGAUGUCCAUCAGCGGUCACAAGAUUUACGGCCCUAAAGGUGUGGGAGCACUGUACGUGCGGCGGAGGCCCAGGGUUCGGCUGGAGCCCUUGCAGAGCGGGGGUGGGCAGGAGAGGGGGCUGCGCUCUGGCACGGUCCCCACUCCACUGGCUGUGGGGCUGGGAGCCGCCUGCGAGAUCGCCCAGCAAGAGAUGCAGUACGAUCACCGUUAUAUAUCUGCGCUGGCGAACCGGUUCACUCAGAAAGUCAUGGCAGCAAUCCCUGAUGUGAUAAUGAAUGGAGAUCGUGAGCAGAGAUACCCAGGAUGUAUCAAUCUGUCCUUUGCCUAUGUGGAAGGCGAGAGUCUGCUGAUGGCUCUCAAAGAUGUCGCCCUCUCGUCCGGCAGUGCCUGUACCUCCGCCUCUCUUGAGCCGUCCUACGUGCUCCGGGCCAUCGGAGCGGAUGAGGACCUGGCUCACUCAUCCAUCAGAUUUGGCAUUGGGCGAUUCACCACAGAGGCAGAGGUGGACUACACAGCCAAUAAGUGCAUCCAGCAUGUCAAGCGUCUGAGGGAGAUGAGUCCGCUGUGGGAGAUGGUGCAGGAGGGGAUUGAUCUGAAGAGCAUAAGCUGGACACAGCACUGAAGACCAGGCUGAAAACGCACUGCGCUUCUCCCAUGGGUCGAGUCUGCUUAUCCAGCAUCAGGAUGACUGGGUCCCAGAUGGUCAAAAACCAAACACGCACAACUUUUAACUUUUGCAAAUGUGUUUAUAUGAGCAGGUUAUGUUUUGCUUAUUUGUAUUUGACAGAAAAGAAUUGCUGCAGAAAUGAUGCACUGGCAGAUGUGUAACUUUUUUGUUUCCAUAACACACUGACUGCAAUUUGUGAUCUCUUUGAGGCGAUUGUAGAGGGAGACAUUAUUAGUAUCUGAUUGUCAAAAACGAAAUUCCAGUGGGAUUCUGGAUAGAAUUCAUACAUAAAUGGCAAUAAUAUUUUUUACGGGUUCACAAUGUCAGAAUAAUUGAUAUUCUCAUGGGUAUUUCAGACACCCAUUAACUCUGUGGUAGUACUUAAUUUGAGUUGGGGUUUUUUAGUGCCAGAUCUGACAUCAAACCUCCUAACAUUGAGGAAAUAAGCUAAGGGUAAACUUUCAGCUGUUGAUGGUCAGGCACUGUGCAACAAAGUUGUGCUCAUUAAUGAACCUUCAUGAGCAGUGGUAUUAAUUUCAUAUCAGGUGUAGAGAAUGAUCGUGCAUACGUAUUUAAUCUGUAUGUCUUCAGAUCAUCCACACUCCAUUUAACACAGGUUCUUCACAAUUGUAUUCAUAUAUAUUAUAUACAUGUGUAAAGAAAAUGUCAUAGAAUGGUAGUCUCUGUGGCACUUAAUCUGUAAGGCAAAAUGAUUUUAAGGAUUUGCUUGUCAUUCAGCAAUAUGCCUGCAACACAUCUACCAUCUGUCAGACAGCAUUGGAAAUAUUAAAUCCAUCCAUACUUCACUGUAUCAAUAAACUAUUGUGAAAAUGUC